CGACGACUCACUGGUAGAAAUACUGAAGAUGAAUAAUUCCGACUUCUCGAAACAUUUUUAGAUACAAUUCCUAUCCUACGACCCUAAGUAUUCGGUGAGGUCGUGCACAAGAACUCAGGACUCCAAGAGUCAUGGUUGUUUUAUUCAAAAAAGAAAGAAUAAGAUAAGCGUCAUCAUGGAUGUUUUUCUCAUGAAGUAAGAUGGGAAAUAGGCGCUUUCUUCAGGAGCAUCUGGUGUGAGGCUCACACAACGUCGAGAUGAAGUUGGGACUACGGAAGCUCAGGCUCUUUGCAUCUGCAUCGUCGAGAAGGAGUCGUCGACUUAACGUUGCGUCCUUCAAAAAUUAUAUUCCGCCUACUAUUGUGGGUAUGGGGCGGAAGCAUCAUUUCGUCGUGGUGCUAUUCCUCCUGAGUGCUGCCUGGAGUGCAUUAUCGCAUGCUUUAGGCCACGAGUCUCAGGAAAGUCACAAUUCUCAUGAAGAAGAUACUUUAGGGGGUCACUCUCCGGAAGGGCACAACUCUCAUGAAGAAGAAGAUCAAGGUGGUUUAGCUGCAAGAAUAGUUUCUAGGGAAGUCGAGGAGCAGGACAAAGGACAAGUACAACCAAGAACUACUUCUCGGAGGACUAAAAUUUCAAGCACUGCGGCGAGCAACAUUACGGCUAGCCUUUUUUUAUCCAAUUCUGACUGUGAGUUCCUUUAGUAGUUGGCGAGCCUUCUAGUCAAUCGAGCCUUCUAACCAAUAGUACUACUGCUCUGUUCCUUUUAUCCAUUCCUGAGAGCGCGAUCCUGAUAACUAAUGAAUUCUGUAGUCUAAUGCAUUCCCAUAGAAAAAUAGGUCGAUAGGAAGAGGUACCAGGACAUUUCUGUGGUUGGGCCAAGACAUGUCUUUGUAUAUCCUAUCUUUGGUGGCCAGAGCAGCCUUUGAAGAUCGGAGCUAGAGUGCCAAGAUAGGCCUUUGCUGGCAGCCUAACUAACGUUUACCAGCCUGUGAAAGGAGGAGCAAUUCCUAUCCUAUCCUUCAUCACUCGCGCUCUAAUCAAAUCCCGCCCUCGUUUCUAGACGAUGCAAUAAAGGAAGAUGAGCAGCAUAGUGCGACUCGUGCGGAGGAGGAUAGCGAAAAACAUCAGCGUCUUCUAGAGGACCAUAACUACAUCAAGGGUGAUGCCCGUUUUAGACGAGGACCACAACAGCUACUGCAGCAAGAACAGCUACUGCAGCAAGAAGAAGAAGAGGAUGGAAGAAGUGCUCAUCUUCUUCAUUCCAACGAGAAGGAGGACCAACAGCAUGAACACGAAGGAACCGUGCACCACCAACCGUUCCAAGAACACCAAGAACUCCUCAACAAGUCACCUCAGAAAACUUCUAAGGAGUUUUGGAAUAGAAGGGUUGCUCUCAUCGUCACGUUGCAUCCUCCAAAGUUUCACUUCGUAGCAGAAGCCUUGAGGGAAUGGCUCCGUCAGCCUGGAGCUGUGAAUGUUAAGGCAGGUGCUGUCACAGAUGCAUCCUUCUCAGCAGUACUAAGGUUCUCACCUUAGUUAGAAGUGGAGCUAGCAUCUACAACAGUGUGUGUGUGUGUGAAAAACCUUUUUUUCCUGCAAGUAUUUAGCAGAGAGAAGUUUCUUAUUUUAGAAGCAAGUGUAAGUAAGUUACUAGAAGUACAAAGUUCUAGUUUUUGUUACUAGUUGCAUCAUCUUAAAUGGUAGUCUCGCUCUCUAUCAGAAAAAGUCUCUACGGGUCUCCUCCGAUAUUCGUAGAUUUGUGGCCGAUUGUACAGUCUUAUGCGCCCCCAGUAUGUAACUUGGAUGACAAUAGUUGAGCAUGUUAAUUGACUGUUUGAAAGGGCGGCUGCAUAUAGUCCUAACGCAAAAAAAAAAAUCUACGGGUACUACGGACAGCACUAUCAGGGACGUACGCAUGACAUGAAUGGCAGUACUAAGAAUCUCCGUUAAGUCCUCUAAGAAUGCAGCUUCUUUUCAGCUGGUUUUCUCGAACGUCGAAGACUUGUGGAAAUGGAGGGCCAUGCUCAGGAGUAAAGAAAGAUGGCGAAAGGUAAUACUUGGUUUUCACGUACUGGUAAGAAGUAAAGAAAGAUGGCGAAAGGUAGUACUUGGUUUUUGCUGUCGUGUCUCAUAAAAUAAACUUCAAAAUUUUUGUCUUGAUGUUCGAUCAAGUUCUUUUCAUAUGAAAGAAACAUGGCGAAAGGUAGUUCUUCUUUUUCGUAAAUCGUAACUAACUGCUUUGCAAUGUCACUCCUCUCAGGUCUGGUUAUUCGAAAAUCGGUCAGUGGAUUGGCUGUUGGAUACAACGAGCGGGAAAAGAUUAGUAAGGCUCGAAAUUCUUUGUCCGUGACUCUCCGAUUGUACUCCUUUGAUCACUAGUAUCCUCUGCCUAGUAUGAUCUAGUGGUCACACUUUGUUCUGUUUCUUCGUUAGGAUGCUGAAGAAAAGAUGGGAAGAAGUAAAAAGUUUUGGAUUCCAAUAUUAACGGGAGAAGAAGACACGAAUCGCAAUGUUGACGGACAAUUUUCGACAUCGCUAGGAUGGCGAGCGAUUGUCAGCGACGUUCCUUUGAGUCUGGAGUUAUGUUGCUUGCUUUUGCUGGAUGGUUACUACUUUUAUUGAAGGUAAUCAAUCACGCUCAAAGCACAUAAGUAAAGCAACCGGCUAGCUUUCCCUCUAUUCUUAGGCCUUUCCCUAUCUAGCAAUCAAAGCCACCAGAUAAUCAAUCAAUCACUAGAAAGAAGGACUUAGUAAUCAAUUUGAAUAUAGCCCUUCCGCUAUAGGCAGACUUACGAAUAGACUCAUAUCAUCAUACCCCUUCCAACAAUGUAUAUGUAAUCAAUCCCUUCCAAGAAAAAAAGACCCUAUUCUAAGACGUCAAGCCAACCAGAAUCAGAAACUGUGUGGCUGGAAAAAAAUUUAUGGUCUCGCAAGCCUCGCGGAUUUGCCAUCAGAGCUGCGCCCGCGUUAUGCUGCCAUGCUGGAUGCGGAAGUUGGGUUUUUUAUUAUGUUGAGCGAUGAUUACAAGUGCAAUGAUAUCUUCGAGAGGCUCCACUGCAAUUAUGGGUGUUUUCCCUCAUUUCCAUCCUAGAUUAGUCCCGUUAGUCAAAACUUUGCGGGCGUCCAAUAGAGGCACUAGGAAGAAUGGAAGAUCCACGAUGGGUAUGAAGAAUGCAUCGGAUGUCGUCUUGUUUGUUCUCUUUCAACAUGAAAGCACGAAUCAUAAGGAAGGUAGUUUUUUCAACAUCUAACACCCAAAACCGUGACCACGAUAGUUGGGACCGUUUUUAUGACCGUGUCGACGAGAAAUUCAAGUCUCGACAGUUUGUAUGGAUGAAGUUUUUUCUCCCAUUAAAUGUGAGACCGUCUUGUAGGCUGGUGCCCCUUUUCCCCUUGCCAGUGUACUAGAGGUGAAAGGAGGGGACGUCGAGGGUCUGGCUAGAUUUAAGGGCUGAAGCAUUUCGUUUCUACUUGCUUUCACUUUUUGCUGCCGCUGAGACAGGUCCUGGCUUAGUCAAGUAUCAGACCUGGGAUGGUCGUAGUUACGAUAGAGGCAUCAUGGACGAAGUCUUUCACGACGUGUUGCCAGCAGCUCAAGCUCUAGUUGUAAGGAAAUCUUCCACUUCUGGAGAUAGAAGCAGUGGGGGUGGCGUUGGUGGUGGUGGUGCGACUAGUGGUGGCGCUGGCGCUGGUAGAAGUGGUGGGAGUAAUAAUGGUGGGAGCAGUAGUGGCACUAGUAUGAUUAGUAGUGGCCAGUUACUGCGGAGAGAUCAUCAAGGGCAAGCGAUCUUGGAGGACGCUGGAUCGACAGAAGGCGGUUCCCCAAAGCGAGAAGUAGUGGAAGCUAGUGGAGAAGAAAAGCGUUACGAAAUUCACUCCACCUGAUGUUUGUGAUAGCAUGAUUGAAAAGCUAGCUACCUUCGUAUCCCAUUCCCACGUUGUAUAUGAGCUAUUCUAUUGUGUGCAAAGCGAAAGAAAGAUCAAUCCUACACUCUACAACUAGAAAGCUGUAUUGUAGAGUAUCCUACUAGCUAGCUAGGAAGAAAGAAGAUUUUGUCAUGAUUAUGUAAGACUUCUUCAUUCCUUCUAAGACUCCUUCAACGACAUCGUGGAAAAGCUCUCCUUGUCCCGGGAAGCCUUCGAGCAAGGGUACCAGAAGGCUAGGACUGUGGUACAGAACUCCCUAUUCUUAAGGCAACCAAAGGAGCGUCCUUACAGCGUCGUGAUUGUUGGGCCUCUUUCUUCAAGGGAAAACGGGGCCAGGGAUGGUUUCAGGGACGCAAUUCUAAUCCUCUCCUGAAGAGGGAUUAUACUCUCUUAUUAAAGGGAUGGCUUCAGGAGCUCUAAUUUUCUCCUGGUGGGUGGAUCUGCCAAUUGUUGAUGUGGAAAAUCACGUGGCACCAUGGUUGUUGGGAAAAAAACGCAGUAUUCUCAACCCUUCGAGUUUGGCAGGUGGAGCGAGCUUGUUGGAUCUAAAGUUAGGGUGUAGCGACCCUGUAGUUGGUAAAUCCGUGACGUAUAAAACAACUACGAAGCCUAUGUCUAACCAUAUUAAAGGUGGCUAUCUAACCCUAAGUGAUAAGGGUGACGUAGCCUGUUGAUCCCAUGGGAGUUGGGGACAUUAUCGUUAGGUAGUGGUCACUUGAAGAAGGGCCUCAACAUCUUCGUGUCUUGACAGCAUCAUAUACUCAAGAAAAAGCACCAAUAGUGGGGGCAAGAUGGUUGAAAAAGAUAAGCAAUUCUUUACUACUUUUUCUGGCAAUUAUUUACUACUCCCUCCACUAGUAUGCUGUUCCUUUUCUAAGGCUAGAAGCAGUAGAGCUGGAUGAAAAAUCCGAGAAGCAGAGGUCCUCUACGUUGCUGAGUCUACAGGAAUUGGAAGCAGAGGUGCAACAAGCAGACGAUCUUCAUAGUAAAAGUUAAGGCGGAAUACUGCGAUAAGCUGUCUUCCUCACAGGAAGAGCCAGUCUGCUCCGCAGUUUUUACCUUUGACCUCUGAGAAACUGAGCUCCGAAGAUGAAUAACUCUAAAAAAAUAAUAGCAACCUACUGGCAUCUUUAGCAGAUAGGGGCUGGACGAUCUCGCUAUUAGGCACAGAGCUGCGGGACCCUAGACCUGAAGGUGCCACAGAGAUGAAGCAGGAACAUCUUCAACAACAUCGGCAACCAUCAGGUGAUACAACUUCGCCACAGUCUUCGAAUGAGAAACAUCCAUCUACGUCCUCUAGCUACCUUCGUGCUGCUAUGAGAUCAAUUCCUGGCAUUCGUUUCGAGAUCAUCGGAUACCACUUGUUUUGCCUCAUGAUCGACAACUUCUCAAUGCGAGACAUAACGCCGAUCACCGGAUACGGAAAGUUAAGAAUUGUUUUAUACUUUCUUUAGAUAAUGUCCUUCUACUGUUUUUCUAGUGUCCUUCGAGUGUGCUCCUAGUGUUCUGUAGUGUCCUCUUGUGUCCUGUAGUGUCCUCUUGUGUCCUGUAGUGUCCUCUUGUGUCCUGUAGUGUCCUCUUGUGUCCUGUAGUGUCCUCUUGUGUCCUUCUAGUGUCCUCUUGUGUCCUGUUGUGUCCUGUAGUGUCCUCCCUCUUGUGUCCUGUAGUGUCCUCUUGUGUCCUGUAGUGUCCUCUUGUGUCCUGUAGUGUCGUCUUGUGUCCUUCUAGUGUCCUCUUGUGUCCUGUUGUGUCCUGUAGUGUCCUCUUGUGUCCUGUAGUGUCCUCUUGUGUCCUGUAGUGUCCUCUUGUGUCCUGUAGUGUCCUUUUAGCUUAAGUAGCUCUAAUUCGCUGCAAGUAGCUGCUGCUAUUAGCUCCAUUUAGCUGAAAUUAGUUCCAUUUAGCUGCAACUUGCUCCAUUUAGCUGCAAUUAGCUCCAAUAAGCUGCAAUUUGCUCCAAUAAGCUGCAACUAGCUCCAUUUAGCUGCAAUUAGCUGCGAUUAGCUGCAAUUUACUCCUAUUAGUUCAUAUUUGUUCCAACUAGCUCCUGGCCCUGUUAUCGCCAACUAGCUUCAAUCAGCUCCCUCUUUCAGGUCCCUCAAUUAGCUGGAUCUAUCAGCUCCUUGUAUGUCUUCCCACUACCCUCUUUGUGUCCGAUCAGAUCAGCGUAUUCUAAUUUGUUGGGGUUCCGUAAACGAGGAGCCGACGUUGCUGAAGAAUUUUCGUGCUAACGGUGAUAGUUUGAGGGACAUGGUGGGAGACGACGAAGAAGGCGUCAAAAAAGCUCUCCUGCGUGGUUACAACACAACGGAUCACAAUCAACAAAAGCAAGAUCAGAGGGUAGUUGCUCUUCAUCAAGCUGCGGAGGAAGAUGAGACUAGCAGAAAUCGUGGGAGCAAGGUGCGAUUCGAAAACCAGUGGGUUGAUGUUUCUAAAGGAGCUAACCUGGCGCUCAUCGAACCACUGCUAAGGCUAAUAUUGAAAAAGACGCAUGUGCAUCGAUAGCGUAAUAAAUUUAUAGCAUAGUCCUCCUUAGCUCCUUUUGCAUUCCUUCUGCCAUCUUAACAUCAUUUCAGUCAGACGUUCUUUCCGUCUUUUUUUUGCAGUACAUAAUCCUUGAUGAUCGUUUUUUUUUCAAGUAAAAACAGCCGGUUAGUUUUUCCCUCGUAGUCUUCUCCCUUCAUGAUUUCCAGAAGUAUUGUACUGUAAGACGAAUACUACUCACUCUAACACAGUGGGCUUCAGUGAGUGCGCAAAAAGUAGUAGAGCAGGGAGAGGUGCCUGCGUGGAUCGCUGGUCGGGAACCGCUAUUGCUCUUCCAUGUCGAUCACGAAGCGCCCAAAACUUUACACUCUAUAAUUAAGGCUAGUACAACAACUAAGUUGGUGAACACUGGAAAUGUAAUUGUAUGCGACCGAUUAAUUCUAUUCGGAUGAUCCAGUACAACUUUCAAGAUCCAAUUAGCACACGGGAGCUCUAACAGUAGUGGCGAUGACGUGAAUUACCGGCAGGUGAGCAGAGAAGUGGAGAAGGAAUGGCCACAAGUGUUGGGUGAUACGGUUACAAGACUUUCCUUCAGGAAAAAAAUGCCCUCCACGAUGAAUCCACUUUAUCUCUUUGCAGAUGGGACGACAGCGUCUUGUAGCGCGUCUAGUACAACUGCUGGGUCUAUCUCCAGAUCAACUGCUGGGUCGUCGAGUACAGCUGGGUCUUGUACUAGUAGUAGAGGAGAUUUCGCAGUAGUCAUGGCAACGGAUCGCCUUUCCGAUGCCUUUGCAUGGUGGACAGAAAAUUCUAUGGUGGAUAAGAAAAUAACUCCAGUUAGAUCAGCAGUAGAGGCUGUGAGAGGAGCAGAAACUGCACUCUUGGAGAACGAAGAAAAGGGAAACAAGUCAACACUGGUGGAUCUUCAACGUCAAGAGGACAGUGAAAAUAAAAAGUCAAAGUCAACAGAGGAUCAACGACGACAAGAGCAUCAGAAUAUAGUGGAAGAGCAACCAACUAGUACAGGGUCCUCUACGUCACAGUCUUUGGCAGUAUUAAAAAAUGCAAGAAUAUCCCUGGCGACGAAGCUGUUCACGAUCCUGUGCCUCGUUUCAGCAUUCGUAGUCAUCGUGUCCCACUUUGCAUUUGGAGCUGUCGGGAAACAAGAUGCUGUGGAGCAGACUGCUCCCCUAUCAUCUAGUCCAAAUAACACUGCGUUAAGGCUCGAUGCGCUUCAUUCCCUACAAUGCACUUCAUUCCCGAAGGAACUGGAUAAAGCUGAGGCCGCUCUUUCAGUAGCCUCCGGAUACAAAAAAAAAACUGUUCUCUUCUUGAAAUUCUGAGAAACUCAAGCCAAGAAAUGAAAUGUUUUCAGCUCCUCUAACUACAGGCUUUCAGAAGCAACUCUUUCUCUUAGUGCCGGGGUUUCUCUACCUCUACUUAUGGCUUGCACAUUGGCCUAUCUACAGCAUCUAAAAGUAUAUCUCUGGCGCUCUUUUAGUCCCUAUGAAUUCACAAAAUCAAAUUCUACAAGGACCUACUUUUCAAGGGUCGGACGGAUAUAUCAGUAGCUUCUAUGGGGAUCUACUAUUCAUUUUCGAGGGUCAACAAGAAGAUUUAGGGAUGAUUAUAGGCAAACCUCCAUAGAUAUAUCAGAGAUAGUUAGAAGAUAGGCCAGGGGGAGAUGCCUAAUUUAGUUCGCAGUGACGAUUGACGUCCUGGUGUCUCAUGCGGGAAGUAGCGGAAAACUUAGUUUCGAUCCAGUGGUGAUGGUUCUCAUAGUUGAAGUGUGCAAACUUUUAGCCUCAGCGGGGUUGAAAAUUCAUGGCUCAGUACGAGAACAUCACGCGGCCUCAAUUGUUGUACAAGAUAGAGAUGUAGCAGGAGCAUCUUCAUCUUUGCAUCACACCUCAGUUGUGCAACAUCAACAGGAUGUAGGAACAUCGUCAUCUUCAUCCGUAUCUGCUAUUUCAUGUGCGAAAGAAGGAGGUAAAAAGAGCGACGCUGCUAUUUCUAGUACAGAAGAAGGAGGUCGAGGUGAAAAGAACCACAAUAUCAAUAAAGCGAGCAUAAGCAGAACUACUUCAGGCACCACACUUGCAUCAGGUUCGACAGCAGACCACAACUUGCAUCUUCUUCCAUCCCUCUGUUCCUUGCUGGCACCAUACAAACGACUCGAGAUAUGGCGAGCGAGUGCAUUGCCAGCGAUUUUCUACACUGUCCUUAAGGCUCCCUCCAUCGCCUUCGGAAUAGCACGUACUAUCUAAAGAUGUAGCAUUAUCUGAAGACCUAGUACUAUCUAAACACGAAGAUGUAGUACCAUCUAAGCAAGAAGAUGUAGUACCUACUGUAUCUAGAUAGAUGGACAAUGAUUUUGCUUACUUCUAAUGUGGAGAAUGUGAUGUACUUUACGUUGAACACUAGGAUCGACCUAGCAACCUUCGCAAUCGCACGGGAGACCAACGUGGUGUGGAACGUAGUUUUCACCUAUUUGUUAAGGCUUUUCGGAAUCCAUCGCGACAGACGCCCUAGAGUGACAGGCGUUGUUUUCAGGGAGCAAUGCGGCCUUGUACGCCACGAAUGGGUCCUCGUUAGCUACACCUAGUACGACGACAACUAACAGGGUGCACUAUAUUAAUGCUAAAAUAUGUUAAGAUUGAAGAUUAAUGCUAGCCUCUAAAUCUAGUUUUUGGUCGCUCCGUUCCGUCGUCAGCCAUGUUGUUUGCUAUUACGGCGAUCACCAUUGGUGCAGUAGCGAAUGUCGGACUCAGUCAGCUCGACACUCAUGCGGUGAGCAGUAAUAGUGCUGUCGGGACGUUACCGACUGCAGGUAAAGGUUUUGGGACCACAACGUCUGCAACUACAGAUACCACAGGCGCAACCUCUUACAUGAUUAACACGAAUGCAGUCCCAGGAGCAGGACAAAAUCACCAGAGGAUAAUAGGAACAGUUGGUGCUGGCGCUGCUUCGACUCCACUUAGUAGCAUUAAGGCAACCGCAGAUGCGUCCUUCAAUCCAUCCUUGUCCUUUUUUUUCAAGUAGAAAAGAAGGACAAGGAGGGGUGAUCGCACGAAUGCGCCGCGAGAUUAUGGUGCUGCCCAUUCUAGCUAGGUGCUACCGCCGCUAGAUGUCCCAUGGCAGCUCUAAUAGCUGCGCCGCUUCGUCGAGUUCUGCGUCGUUUUCCUUCCUCGAAGAAGUGUCAGCCUUGGCUCAUUCCGCACCUACAGGUCAUCUAAGGGGGACAUUUUCGCAGCUAGAUCAUGAUGCAAGUGCAUACUCCUGGUUGCUGGGGAUGGAUUCAAGAACAACCUCUAGGAGGUCCAGUGGACAUGAUUAUCAGAGGAGUACUUCUGGUCCUCUUGGUUCGUUGCUAGAGAAGACUGAAGCAGUCGUGGCCCAUUCGUCUUCCGAGGAUGCGUCACCCUUUUUUAAGGCUUACUCAUAUAAUUCAUCUUGAGAGGCAUCAUCUAACUAUGGCGUGCUUCAAAGGUCAGGGUGGAGCACAUGUUGAUGAUGAUGAGGAUGAUUUUGAUGAAGGGGAAAACAGGUCAAAAACGAGCUCCAACAUGAACAAUAUCGGUAAUCAAGGUCAUCUACAAGGUUCUUGGACUCAUCUCAUAGUAGACCAUGUCGUAGUAGCUAUCCCUGUUUGAUAUGAUCUAGAACACUUAUCGGUAAGAACUAAGGUCUAACUUUUGGGGAGAAAAGCUUGGACUCUCCUUUUGUUUCACGAUGCUGGUGGCGGCAGGCAGCGUGUACAACGAACGAGCCCUUAAAUUAUACCCAGACGUAGACAUCAACGACAUGAAUAUCAUGCUGUACUCUCUGGUUAAGGCCACCUGAAGAAACCCAUCUUCACAGGCAUCAAUCUUGGGUCCGUUUCGAAAGGGAAAAGGGUACUCAAGAUGCUGCUGAAGCUGGGUCUCUCUUGGUUCUAAUGUGGACAUAGGGUUGCUCUUGCUUUUCUACGCCGCGUUUUCGCAGACAGGCUCGUACCACAAACUGCUGAACCAUCAACCUAAACAGGAGUCAGCAGGAGGACCAACCUCUACUUGGUUUGAGACUUUCUCCGAGACGAACACCUGCUUUUUGCCGUGUUUGAUAGUGUUAUGGCAACUUGAAAACUCGAAAUAAGCGAGUUACUGACUGAGAUAAAAGGGUCUCUCUUCUUUCAGUAUCUCCCGUAUUUUCAAUAGUUAACCCGAACCAUCUUCCUCCAAGAUCCAACCACAUUUUGUUGCAUCCCCCUCCGCGAGAUGAUGAUCCUUGGCUAUGAUGUUGAUUCCUUGACGAUGUAAGGAUGAUGCGAACGCUUUGGCUCUAAUACUGACAUUGCAGAUCGUCAUUGGUUUGCUGGUUUCAAGAAUUUUCCGGAAUAGCGAUGCUUCGCUAAAGGCCGUUUUUGGUUCGGCGCGCGGGCCGUUGCUCUUCAUCUUUCCGACUGUGUGUGCGGUCGUUGCGAAUCUCUCGCUUAUACCUAGUGGCGGUAGCGUAGCAGGAGUGUGGCCUACUUUAUGGACGUCAGUUAUCAGGAUUAGUCUCUACGGGCACUAUGGACAGUGUCAUCAGAGGCAGUCUCUACGGGCACUACAUCCAGGAUCAUGUACAUACUAGUGGAUGAGUAGAAAAUGCUAGGUUAGAAGCUGAAAAUAGUACUACUAGUUGAAGUUCCUUUUCCACGUCCAAUUCAUUAGCAUCAUCUUCUAAAGGCCCUCCCUCUUCAUCAGCCUCUCCCUCUUCAGCAGUCUUUCCCUCUCCCUUCUCUCUCUCUCAUCUUCUAGUGCUCUAGUGCUUCUCCACUUCCCUAUAAUUCAGAAUAGCUCUAAUGCUUCUCCACUUCCCUAUAAUUCACAAUAGCUCUAAUGCUUCUCCACUUCCCUAUAAUUCAAAAUAUCUCUAAUGCUUCUCCACUUCCCUAUAAUUCACAAUAGCUCGAAUACUUCUCCACUUCCCUAUAAUUCACAAUAUCUCUAAUGCUUCUCCACUUCCCUAUAAUUCACAAUAGCUCGAAUACUUCUCCACUUCCCUAUAAUUCACAAUAGCUCUAAUGGCCCUCCAUUUCCAGUUCGUCCCCAUGGCGAGAUGUCUUGCAGCUGCCAUUGUAUUCGUCGCGGCUGUCGCCUACGUGAUCCUCCACAUCCUACAGAGUUCGAAGCACUCGACGUCGAGGUCUACAACGGGGAAAUAGUAAUGAAGAGGGAAUUUACGACAGGGAAAUAGCAGUGAAUACUCUGCCUAUCGAGUCUGGUCUUUUGGAUUGUGUAUGGAGACCACUGGGAUCUUCCAGUCCACCUUUGUACUAACUUCUAGUGAUAAAACUUCUUAAGAUUAUUUACUCAAAUACGAGGGCCAACAACGCAAGGAUAUUCUCACCUCAUCGAUCAAGAUUUUCUCGGUCGUCACUCGCUUAUUUUAGUUUACUUCAUGAUUAUGCAAAGGAAAAAUGCAGUAAAGGAAAAACGUACAACUAGAAAUUCUUGAGCUCCUGAAAAACGAUUGUGAAUACACUAAUAUAAAACGUUUACGUUAUAGAAAUUAAUAUGAAUUUAGAGAAGUCGACAGAGUUUAUAAACUAGCGAUCGUUCCUCUUGUUUAUCCUGUACAGGAAAGAUGACAACAGGGACGCAUGUAUGCAUCCUAUACAGCACAACGCGCCUGCGCAUCAUCGUAGAUUGACCACUACCUGUCAUACUUCUGUCAAAUUUUUGUAUAUGUGAAUGCCUUGUAAGGGUUAAGUACCUAGCAUACAACUGUCAUUUUGUAUCAAGAUCGUCCAUUGUUUUUGUUGAGAUCGUCCUGGAUACACUGGAAAUGGUGCCGUCCCGAUGUGGGGGACCGGGAUACAAAGGAAAAAGACAUGCCUGAAAUUGUAGCAGUUUCCAUUGUAGUUGCACAGGCAUACUAAACAUAUACCUUUCCAGGUCUCGGAAAGUUCUUAAAACUGACGUCAUAUUGGCCACUCAAAUGAGUGCGUGUAGGAUGUGCAUGAAAGAAAUAGGCAAUUUCUAUGGUUAACAAGAGGAAUGUCUACAGUAGGG